AUGAUUGCAAAUGGAAUAAUAUGGCGAGAUGCGAAUGCUAUCCGCAAAAAGAUUGCCCGAUUAGAGGACGCUUGGCAAAAAGCUGACAGAGAACGUAACAAGACUGGUGCCGGGACUUUGAACACAGCACAGGAAAUCAAGACUGCAAAAGGUUGGGCUGACGAUGAUCCCGAAUGGCUGAAAGUAAAGAAGACGGCGCUUACACCUAUAUUGAAGAAGUGCAAAUAUUAUUUUGAACUCGGGCCUGUCUUUGAGGCACGACAUGCUAAUGUCAGACUAGCUGUGGCGCGUGGUUUACCUGCGACAACUGAAGACGCCAAAAGUGAAGUUCAAACGCAGCGUCGUGAUGCAAGAGAACAUUCGGAUAACUCAAAUCUUGCCUAUGAAGACAACCAGCAUGGCAUGGAGCGCAGGGCCAUCAAAGAUUCAAUGCCGACCCAUUCGAUUGAUGACGAAUCAGAUGAGCCAACUAUGGAUGAUUUCAGGAAUAUCUUGAAUCACGACAAUGAGCUGAAUGAAGAAAGUCAGGUUCCUUUCACUCCAACACCACGGAUCCAACCUCGAGGUCAAUUUUCUUCCUCAUCACUCAAACGGUCAACUUCGAAAAACUCCUGGGAUUCAUUAAGUCAAUCAACUUUCAGCAAGCGAGGCCAAACUUCUGGUUCAGCAUCAUCGAUCCAGGGUCUCUUUCAAGAAAGGGAUGUCAUUUCCAACCCCGCGCAAGUGGGAACAUCGACCAAUUCUAUCGAGCAUGAAGCUUUUGCCAAGCACGGUCAAACUAUGGAACGCAUAGCUAAAGUGGUCGAAAAUUUGGUGCCUAAUGCACAACAAUCAUCUCAAUCUGUCUAUAGUCCCGAAGAAGUCCAAAGAAAAUCUAAAAUCAAACUCGAAAUAGCUGAAACCAAGUUAAAAAGUGAUAAAUUUGAUUUAGAUUCGAGGAAGGAAAAGCAUUUGCUUGAGAUGAAACAAAUGAAAGCCGAUCUAGAACAUCAACAAGUUGCUAGGCACGCUCAAAUGAUUAGUUCUUUGAUGAAAGAACAUAAUAUCAGUAUUCAAGAAGCAAUGCUCUUAGCUCAACAAGCGCAAGUGAUGAUGCAAUCAACUUCAAAUUCAAGUACAUGA